CCUUGCUAGUGCGCAGACUCUAGUGUAAAAGCCAGUAGGGCGCGCAAUGGCAACGAGAGACAUUGACGUGGAAUUACAGUCCGCUCUUCGUAUUUUCAAUUAUGAUGACUUCCGGGAGGGUCAACUUGAAGCCUCUAGGGCCAUCCUAAGGGGAAAAGACGUCUUUGUCCGCAUGAAAACUUCUGGCGGGAAAUCUCUCUGCUACCUUGUACCAGCGCUAGUCAUGCCAGGAUCUUGUAUAGUUGUGAGCCCAUUGAUAUCUUUGAUGGACGACCAGGUGAGUAAGCUAGAGGAAAAGUCCAUCUCUGUCACUCGAGUGGCUUCUCUGGCAGAUGAUGUACUUCUACAGGAUAUGUGUUUGGAGAAGUUCAAACUGAUUUACAUGUCACCUGAAGCUAUCACAGCAAAGUUUUGGAGAAACGCUAUUAGUCACAAAUUGAAGGAUGUUCUGUCUUUUAUUGCAAUAGACGAAGUUCACUUAAUUGAAGAUUGGGGUGCCACCUUUCGUCCUUCUUACAAGGAGCUCAAUUUUAUCAGGUCCUGCCAGCCGUCUAUCCCGCUCAUGGCCCUCUCUGCAACAGCCCCAACCCAUCUUAUUUUUUCUAUUACUCGAGAGCUGAACAUGUUUGACUAUGUGCUAGUGUCCGCUCCCUUGAACUGCCCCAAUCUGUUCUUUUCUCUGGAUUCGUCACAUAGUAUGUUUUCUGUUUUUUCCUCCUUGUCUUCCAUGUUAUCGUCAACGAAUUCUCCGGAAAGUAUUCCCAAGACUCUGAUAUUCUGUAGGUCUAAAGAUACCUUGUACAAUGUGUAUGUCUACCUUAUUAGAAGCUGUAACAACGCUACCAAGGGUUAUGUUGGCCAGUACCACGCAACCAUGACUUUGCAAGGACGGUCACAGCAUUACCGUGAUUUUAAGAGUGGGAGGCAAAGAGUGAUGGUUGCAACCAGUGCUUUUGGCUUGGGAAUCGAUAUCAAUGACAUUACUGAAGUGAUAUUGUUUAGUGUUCCAAACAAAGGUUCAGAGUUAGUACAGCUGGCAGGUCGUGGAGGCAGAGACCCUCGGCGUUUGUGCCUGGUUCGUUUUGUGGUCCGGCCUCAAGAUCUUAGAGACAGUGAUAGUGCAGUUGUCAAACUAGCAUCAAACACAGCUUGUUUGCGAAAAGUUAUUCUUCGUGAGAUUUUGCAAUCUGAAGAGCACAUACACGCUAGUGACUUUUGCUGCUCUUUCUGCUCCUCUGUCGAGCGCCCAUCUGCAUUUUCAUUGGAGCUGCCAUCUGCAAGCACUGUUUCUUGUAGUUCUCAUAGAUCUGGAACACUGAGAUCACGGCGAAUUCUGGCUGUGCAAAGGGCUGCUUUAAAAAAAAAUUUAGUUGAAUUUAGAGGAAUGGCUGGUGGCACACGAUUUAAACGAAGGGGUUUAGAUGGAGUGUUGUCCAUGGCAGUGAUUGAUAACGUGCUGAAGAAGUGUAACAGAAUCAUUUCUGAAGAUGAUGUACAAUCAACAGGUGUGAUGCCAGAGUUUACAACACCUGUAUAUCAAAUGAUCGAGCGUCACAUUCCCAUAACCAUACCCCAAAGUGUUCCAACAGUUACACGUGCUAGCAGAAGCAUAGCUUCCUGUAGAGAAUCUUUAUUGGAAGACAUUACUAAUUGUCUGUAA